UCUCCUGCUUCUGGAUCAUCGGAUUUAACUCCAGUAGGGUUUUCAACCUAAUUAUGCAGCAUGGAAAGCCGUAGAUAAGAUCCCCUCUCUCCUAAAUCCUGCCGCUUAAAUUCUCGUCGCCGGUGGAGCCUCCUCUCACAUUACUUCUUCAAUAGAAUGGAGUCAGGGUCAAGAGGUGAAGAGGCUAUUCCGUACGACAAUGCUGCUUCCAAGAGAGCUCGUCUGCAGUCGAUGCUCUUAGCUUUUCUUGAUGAUCCGAUUCUGGCAGACGUUCCGAAGAAACCUACGAUUACAGAUGUCGAUACCUUAAUCAACUUGGAGCUAGGCAGUGCUAUGAAGUUAACUGUUGUGAAGAUGGACAACACCAAUUUUGAUGUUGCAGUACUGAAUUCUUCUACCGUUAAGGACUUGAAAAUGGCUGUUGAAAGGAAAACGAAUGAGAUAGAGCAAGGAAAAAUGGGUCACAGGCAUAUAUCAUGGAGGCAUGUCUGGGCUAACUAUUGCUUAUGUUACCAUAACGAGAAGCUCCUUGAUGAUGCCUCUUUACUUUCUAACUAUGGCCUUCGAAACAAUUCCAAGGUUCAUUUUUUUCCUUGUGUGACUUCUAAACUGUCUCAGAAGCAUUCCAGAAGAAGGAAGCAUCGCUUCUUCCAUGGUCUAAGCAAGAGAUCUGGAAUCUGAUCUGUUACCACAUUUUUUUUUGAAAAAAUUAAAACCAUAAAUCAGUGGCCUUCAAUUUGGUCUGCCAGAACUAAAUCCAUUAACUUAUUGGCCUAUGCUGAAUCGCGUUUCC